AUGACGGAUCCCUCCUACGCCUCAGCAAUAGGGGCCUACCCCCCCUACUCCGCGUACCCUUAUGCUGCAGCAGGGGCCCCCCAGCCUGCAGCAGCAGCAGCAGCAGCAGCAGCAGCACCUGAGUAUCAAUGGGGGGCCUGGGGGGCCCCUGCGGCGCGCCCCAGCCCCAGCACGCUGGAUCCCGAAACAGAACCCGACGCGCUGCAAAGCCGCUGCCUCUUCUUCGGAAGACUUUCUCCAGAAGUAAAAGAAGAUGUUUUGAGAAGCAUUUGCCAGCAGUUCGGAGACAUCCGCAAGAUCACGACUUACCCCGAGAAGCACAUGGCCUUCGUCGAAUUCUAUGAUAUAAGGCAUGCAGAAGCAGCUCGCGAGGCUUUGAGGGCUACAGAAAUUGCGGGCAAGAAAGCGGAGGUUCAGUACAGCGCCAUUAAGAGGCCGGACAAGGACAGCAACAUGGGAACUCUCUACAUCCGGCCCACCAACGGAAUGUCCUCCUCCACCACUUUAAGUGACCCCAACAGUCUGGACGCUUACAGGCGUUUAUUUUCUUCUUAUGGGGACAUCAAAAAGGUUUCCGUCAACAGAAAAAGAGACUCAGAAAAGUUCGUUGAAUAUCAUGAUGUGAGAGACGCGGCCAAAGCCCUGGAAGCCCUCAACGGCCACAACUUCAACGGGGUCACUUUGCAAAUUUGUUUUGCCCAAAAUGCUUCGAGAACUUUCAACCGCGAGCCUGCCUCUCGCAGAACAGGAGCCUCACGCACCCCCGAGGGUUUAGGGUAUGGGCCUUACAGGGGCACUCCCUAUAGCGCCCCCUCGAUGCGGUUUGUGUCUCCUUAUUCCUCUCCACCCGUCCUGGGGCCCCCCCCCUCCUACGGGCCUUACGGGGUUUGCCCAGUGCAGCCGGGGGGCCCCUCUUACGGGGCCACUCCGUAUGGGUACCAGCAGCAGCAGCAGCCGGCGCCUCCAGCAGCAGCAGCAGCAGCAGCAGCAGCAGCAGGGGCCUCGUACAACCCCAGCUGGCCGCCCUCAGCAGUGCCCCCUGCUGCUGCUCCCGUGGGGGGCCCCCCCUACGGGGGGCCCCCCAGGGGCCCCAUGCCCAUGCCCGUCUACGGGGGGCCCCCCGCAGGGGUACCCGCCCCCUGGAGGCCCCCCCAACUGCGUAGCAAGGGAGGCCGCCACUGGGGGCCCCCCGGGGCCCCCCGGGGGCCCCCGGGGGCCCCCGGGGGGCCCCCUGAGGGGCCCCCCGAGGGCUCUGUGAGAGGGGCCAGGGAGGUGGGGCCCCCAGGGUCUGGAAGAGGCAGAAGGCGUAGCGUAGCGACAACAACUGCAGCAGCAGCGGCAGCAACAGGGCAGCAGCUGCAGCAGCAGCAGCAGCAGCAGCUGCAGCAGCAGCUGCAGCAGCAGGGAGGGUUGCAGUGGAGUGGCCAGGAGCUCCUUAGCAAGGGGCCCUGGCUGCGGUUUUAG